UGAAAUGGAGCACAGAAUUUAGCUCUAUCCAACAGACAUGAAUAGGAGAGAAAGGUCAGAGAAGGAUAUACAGCAAAGUAACAAGCAAGUUGAAUCAAAAAUAUUUCAGACUGUCUAUUUCAAUUUUUAUCCUGGUGUAUUUGAGACUCUUUCAUUUGGCCCAGAAUAUGAAGAAGAAGCUUUCGAUCCAUCCAUCAACUGGGUUUUUUAUGAAAAGAAAGAAUAUGAUUUUGUGAAAUCUAUAUUGCCAUUUGUUGGCUUUGAUAUUGAAAAAAUUGUUUUUAGAGUAUUAAAGAAGGAUAAACAUAUUUCUAACUUUCUUAAAUCUUCUUUCAUCCAUAAAAUUGAUGAACUUAUAUUUAGUUCCUCUAGAUAUUCUAUGCUCCCCUUUUCAUUUAUUUUGAUCAAAUAAUUAUAGCCAGUUCUAAAGUGAAAAGGAAAUUUGCAUUAAAAGGAUUUUUUAUAAAUUUCCGCAAUUAAAAACACUUAUAACUUACUGAAAAUUUAUAAAGCUUUAGGACAUUAAUAAUUGCAAAAUUUCAGUUCCAUCUAUUCCGGAUUUUUCUAAAUCUCUUCAGAAUGCUCAGGUUAAGGAACUUUCUCUCUCAUUUACUUGAUAUGGAAAUGAAAAUGAUUAAGAGAAUAAUUUCCAGAAUUUUCAUAAUUUGAUCAAAGGGCUAGGGACUUCAAUUGACCUAAAAUGGUAUCUUCAAAAAAUCUUACUUCAUAAUUAUGACGAAAACAGAGAAGCAGUUGGAAAGUUAUCGAGAAGCAACGGAUUUGAUAUGGUGGAUCUUGAA